AUGGCACCCAAACCCGCUUCCACUGCUGGUAAAGCUCCUGCCUCAACGGCGUCGAAAGCCCCAGCCACCGCCUCCAAAGCCCCAUCGAAGACAACUGAGAAGAAGGCUGGCAAGAAGACGGCCAAGGCCGCAGCACCAGCCGAUGGCGAGAAGAAAAAGCGCAAGAAAGUCCGCAAGGAGACGUACUCAUCCUACAUCUACAAGGUCCUGAAGCAGGUCCACCCCGACACUGGUAUCUCCAACAAGGCGAUGGCCAUUCUCAACUCGUUUGUGAACGACAUUUUCGAGAGGAUUGCUACCGAAGCCUCCAAGCUUGCACAAUACUCGAAGAAGAGUACCAUAUCAUCCCGCGAAAUCCAAACCUCUGUCCGUCUUAUCCUUCCUGGAGAACUUGCCAAGCACGCGAUCAGCGAAGGGACCAAGUCGGUUACGAAGUUCUCGAGUGCGACAGGCACGAAAUAA